UAUGAAGCUGUAUGCUUGCUUUCGCUGAAGUUAGUGCAUUUGGAGCUUGAAAUCUGCUCUCAAGAUGUUCUUGGAGCAUCAAAGUGAAUAUGCCAGUGGCCUCAGCAAGUGUUAAAGAAGGUGGCACACUCCCUGCUCUGAUGAAUCCGUGCUCACUAUCUCAGUCUAUUCCUCUGGCAGAAGGAAUCUGCUGUGCCAUAUCAGACAUGAAUGCACACCAAAGGAUGGUCACACAGAAAACUUUAGUGGAGCAGUUAGUGAAAAGGUAUCCAGGCAUUGCAGUUCCCUCCCAGAAAAUCUUAUACAACAUCCUUGGCACUCUAAUUAAAGAAAGGAAGAUCUAUCACACAGGAGAGGGAUAUUUCAUCGUUACCCCCAACACCUACUUUGUCACAAAUGAUGCUGCAGAGUACAAUAACAGGGGCCGGCGGACAGACAGUGAGGACACUUACCAGGCAAACUGGGAAAGCUGUGUGGACCCAAUGAAAGAAAACAUUGCUACAGUAUCCCGUUGUCUCCCUGGCCAGAAUAUGCUCUGUGAACAAAGACUCGAGCAGCUAAUGAGCCAGGAACCUGAGGGAGGAGGCAAGAAAGGCUGCAGUGAAGGGAAGCCUUUGAUUCAAACUCAGGUCAUGUCUUCAUCAGCUGAAAACCGUUCCUGGGACACCACGAAAACCCUGACGUCAGUGAAAGAGAAACUGAAAUGUAGAAGAUUUGGCCUUGGCCUUUUCUGGAGAAGUACUUCUAAAAAAGAAAAACAUAAGGAAUACUCAACGUUUUCAGCCCAGUUUCCCCCCAGGGAGUGGCCGGUCAGAGAUGAAGAUGACUUAGAUAAUAUUCCACGUGAUGUUGAACAUGAAAUCAUCAGGUGUAUUAACCCUACUCUUACCGUUGAUAAUUUGAUUAAACACACAAGAUUAAUGCAAAAGUUUGAGGAGAGGAAAAAAAAUACCACUAAGGAUACCUCGGCUGAAGUGUUAACACUAAAACAAAAGUAUCCUUCAAAGGAGUGUGUUCAAAAGACAGAAAUUAGAACAGCAAAACACAAAAGGAAAACGAAGCCAAACAAAGAGAAGCAAAUCAGCAGAAACAACAGGAAAUCUCAUGAGCAUGAGCCAACACCCCAAAGUGAGAAGCUGGAAGAGAACAUUUCACUGCUUAUCACAAACCAACAGCCUCUGGAUGCAGCAGUGGAAUCCCAGGUCAUAUAUAAAAAGCAAAUUAAGAACCCUUUUCAGGGUCUCUCAUGGAGACACAGCUUUUACACAAAAGCAUACAAGGGUCGUAUUAACAGCCAGCGGAAGUCCAGGAGACGAAAGCAGGAAAGGGAUUUACAAAGGCUUACAAAGUCCUUGGACUCACCCAGAGCCUCUGAAUAUGAAGCUGAACAACUGCUUGCUGAAAUGCAGGCUGACAACACUGAGCAAAACAAAUCACCCAGUUUAAAUGACAAUGAUAGUUAUCUGCACAGCAGUACUUUGCGAAUAGAUGAUAAACAUAAAUGCUUUCUGGACAGUAAUGUUUCUGAAGACAACAUCUACAGAGGAACUGCGAAAAGAAAUCCUGGAGAUAUUAAAAAGUCCCCAGACUUCUACACUGAAGAUAAAAGUGUGCGUAAAGAAAAAGCAAAACAUUCACUACAUCUGAAAGGUGAACGUUGCAGGUACAAGGCUGAUGCUGUAUGUGAGUUGUUGGACCAAGCAGCAAAUGAAUUUCAAAACGUCCAUCUCUCAAAUUAUACAACCAGUGUUAGAAGGGAAAAAGAAUUUGGUGUGACAUACAGAAAAAAGACUGAUAAAAAGAAUGAACUUGUAUUUAAAUACGACUGUACCAACUAUCCUGGAUCAACGAAGCUGGAAAGUGACAGAUUUACCAAUAAAUGUCAUCUUCAGAACCAGAAAGUACAUGAUUGUGACAAGUGUAGUUUGUUGCAUCUGGAUGACAAUUUUGAAUGCAAAGAACCACAUCACUUGCUUUCUUGCCAUGCAUUUUCAGUCACAAGAGACUGGAGUAAAGCGGUGCAAAAGAUGGGAACUGCUCUAAAAAUCUCUAAGGUUAAUAUUUAUCCAAACCAAUACAAUUCAACUGUAAAUAGACAUGACUCUGGAGAGUAUGGAUAUAAGGGAAGUGCUGAUUUUGCAGAAUCAAUUUGUGGCUCAAAAAAGCAUCAAAAGCCAGACCUCACAGAAGAAAGUUGUUUGUGCAGCCAGCUUCUUCCAAUGGUAUCCAGAAAGGAGGAAGAAACCAGCUUUACUGAAUGCAUGAAGGCUUCAGCUGUAGAUUUCUGUGACACUAAUGAGGCUGAUGCUUUGCAGAACUGCACCAGAGAGAUGGCAGAAGUAGUGGCAUGCCACAAUCUGGGCCCACAAGCCAAAGAAACAAGAACUCCCCCAGGAAAAACAGGUCUCAUUUUGAAGAAUGAAUAUACUGUGAUAUCAGGACAAAGUCACACAGAAGGGGCAGAAAACCACAGCGUUACAGGAGACAGUGGAAUUGAUUCCCCAAGAUGGACUGACAAGAAGAUGAAGCUUCCUGCCAAACUCUGACAGCAUCAAUAGCAAUGUAUAGAGAACAGAGUGGAAGGGCAGUGACUGAAAGUUCCUAGUUUCAGCUAAUUCUAGCCAGGAAGGCUUGCUAAGUUUUUAAUGAGGUGUCAACUUUUUAUUUCUAACAGUGCAAUCAUAAUAUAACUGCGCUUGGUGAUAUCUGGGGGCUGCCUGUAAAUAUAAGACUUUUAUUAACAUUUUGGAGAUAUCAAUAGCAGAAAUGUGUGGUGGUUUUUUUUUUGUUGUUGUUGUUUGUUUUUGCACCUCCUCGUCCAAUAAAAAUGAGGGCUGACACGGUGCAUUCGGGUCGGCUGUUCGCUGGGGGCGGGCACGCACCGCCCAGGCACAACUGUAUUUGACCUGAAAAUUCCUGAAGGCGUUUCCUUCUCGAGCCACGACAGGCGCUGCAACUCCCGUCAGAAAACGACGCAGAGCCACUGGAUCGGCACGCACCUU